AUGAGUUGCAGCAGACAAAUAGCACCAACAAUGAGGCCAUGCAAGUCACUUCAAGUUACUCAAGGGAUAAAAUCUUGGUGUGCAGAAGAUACCUCUAGUAUCCCUGCUGGAUUCCCAACUGUAUCUACUCCUGUAAGGAUGUUACAAGCUUGCCUUGAUGAAACUGUUAGUGGUGUGUCUGUUGGCAGACAUGAGAUGCUUGAAGCCAUAUCUCACAUAGAUACAGACAUAGACAAGAUGACGGGAGGACAGCUUGUUGAAAAAUUAGCAGCGGUAAAUCUUAAUACUAGUGGUUCAGUGAAGAUGCUGAAGAGAAGACUGAAAAGUUACUAUAAACACCUAAGAGUUUCCCAGUACCAUCAAUUGCUGUCAGGUUCUGAAAAGAUGCAGUUUGAUUACCUUGUUGUUAUUGACUUUGAGGCAACUUGUGAUGAAUCUGAUGCCAGCUUUGUACAAGAGAUAAUUGAGUUUCCAGCUGUAUUGGUGGAUGUCAAAAAUCUAGCUGUGCACGGCAUUUUUCACAGUUUCUGCAAGCCCAGAGUGAAUCCACUACUGACAACUUUCUGCACAUCUCUGACAGACAUUGCACAGGCUAAAGUUGAUCAAGCCAAGGAUUUCACUGAAGUGUUGAGAGACUUUGAACAGUGGCUGCACCUGUACCAACUUGGCACAGUUUAUAACUUUGCUGUUGUCACUGAUGGGUCUUAUGACAUGGCAAAAUUUUUCAAACUUCAGCUGGAACUGUCUGGCAUUAGGCUUCCUUUGUGGGCUAGACAGUGGGUGAACAUACGCAAAGUUUAUAGUGCCUUUAACAGUUGUGGCAGCAUGAAUCUUCAGCAGAUGUUGAUUGCAGAUGGCAUGCAGUUUCAGGGUAGGCCUCACCGUGGCCUUGAUGAUACAAUCAACAUAGCAGCAGUAGCGUUGAAGUUGAUGCAUGAUGGUUGUGUUUUUACAUUCAAUGAGUAUUUCUGUUCUUUUGGCUUCAGCAUCAGUAUUUCAAGAGAAGCUGAAUCAUAA